UCAAUCAUGUUAGGUCAAGCAAGGUCAAGUGAGAUUAGGUUAGAAUGCGGUACACGCGCAUUGCCAUCGUUCUCUAAUCAAAGGCAAUCAAAAGCUUACCCUAAAUUGAUCAAGUUUUUAACUGAUAAUGCUAACGAAACGAUUAACAUUCGCACUCGGCAAACAACUGUGCGAGCGUUCGUGCUUUCCAAAUAACACGCUCGCUCAGUCAGUACGUGGUUACAGCGUGGAACAUGAGAAACGACAAUAUAAGUGGAGAGAGAAAGAGGAUGAUGCAGUAACAUCCAAAAUCGGAGAUGAUCCGGAGAAACCCAAGACAUUCUUCUGGUUUCCUACGGCUGCACCAAAGGAGACCGAUUUCUCCCUCGGCACUAUUAUGAAGUGGUAUAGGUACCAUAAGGUGCAGUACAACAAGACCAGCCAAGCGUUUAAUCCGGAGAGGCAUGAGAUACUAGGCGCCAAUCUGGCCACCGCUCAUUUUCUGGUCCAUCGCGGCGGCCGGGUCAGAUUCAAGGGUAACUCUUACUGGACGGAACGGGAUGAAAAGGGCCGAUACCAGUUACCCAACACUUACGAUCCAAGCUACGUUCUCGAGGCGGUGGACAUCAAUGGGUUUGAUCUACAUUAUGAGGGCCUAAGUAACUUGUGUGGUCUCAUGAAGCUGAAGUGGCUCAGUCUCAAGGAUUGCAAGAACAUUGACGAUUGGGGCUUGGACAAGAUCUCGGCAGAGUUCCCCAAACUGGAGUAUCUGGACAUCUCCGGCUGUGAGAAGAUCACCGAGAGGGGACUGGAAUGUCUCUACAGAAUGACCAAUUUGAAGAAACUAAUUGUGACGAAUCAUUACAAAACAGUUGCGUUCGAGCUGGCCUGCUUUAUGCUGGAGGACUGUAUACCUGGACUGACUUGUGAAAUUCUUAUACCUGACAAAAAACCAAAAGACUAAUGUCAAUAAGAAAUUAGAAUAAUAUAGCUUGUAUAAGAAAGUUUCUCGGAUUUUUAAUUAAGCGCGACGUCGAGCUUCACAUGUCAACAAUUGUCGCAUCAAGAACCAGUAGAAACGAUUACAUCAUCGGCGGCGGCACACAGUAAACGCAGUUGUUGGCGAUCAAUCUCGGCGUUUGCAUUAGUUGAGAGAUACUAGGGCAUGCGCGAUGAGAUAAGCAGUAAGCACUAGCAGCCGCUAUUAAGCUCAGUCGCGUACCUAUUUUACUGUAACAAAAGGUAUGUUUAGAUUCCUCACGGAAAAGAAACAGAAAAUGAAAAAAAAAAUAAUAGCAAGAAAUAUAUAAAAAAAAUGG